AUGUUGAUCUUUCCAGCAAUCCUUGCUGGACGUCAAUCAACAGCAGAUGCACUCCCAGAUGGUACUUGUGCAGAGAAACGCUGCAGCCAGAGUGGGCCUCCCGUCAGGUUCCCGUUUCAGCUCCGGGGGAAGCAGCCGGCCGGAAUAAACUGUAGUUAUAAUCCGGGCUAUGAUCUUUACUGUGAUGAAUCAAACCGUACUAUACUUGAGCUUCCAUCAUCUAUCAAAUUUUUGGUUACCGAAAUUGACUAUGCUUCUCAAAUGAUGCAAGUCAAGCCUGCUGAAUAUUGCAUUGCGAAGCAACUCAGACAUCUUAAUCUUUCCACCACCCCAUUUCAGUUCUUUACUUCAACUGGCCCUAGUGUAUUUGAAGAUAAAUUCUCAUUAUUCAACUGCUCAACAAAAAUCAACCGCGAAGUUAUCCCCGGGGAGAUCAUCCAUUGUCUUGGCACCCCUGGAUACACCGUGUUUUGGAUACCACUAGAUACAGAUCUUUCGGGUUCCGAUUUGAGAGGCUGUACAAAAAUUUUCGAUACAGUAACGGUUCCAGAUGUAAUAUUUUUUGAGGAUAGCACGAUGAACCUGACAUGGUCUUUGCCGGAAUGCAAAAAUUGCAAGAAUCGGGGUGGAGUUUGCGGAAGGGAAAUCAAGGAAACCAACCAGAUCCGCUGCUUUCGACACUCAGGAAGACCCAUGAAGAUUUAUUACAUUGUCGGUAAGUUCUGCCUUUAUAGACAUUAUUAUUGA